AUGGGCGACCCAGUUAGCAGCGCAGCCCUGGGCAUCGCCAUCAACAAUUUCAGGUGUGCUUGUCCCGAGCCACGGCCCAAUUGCCUACCCGUCCUGCCCAGCCUUGUGCGGCAGCAGCGCCGGGCAAGGCAAAUGUGCAGGGCGAUCGAAGCAGUGACCUCGCAAAAUGUCUUCCUGUUUUUGCAGGCAAUACUGGUGUGCAUAAAAGCAUUAUGCGAUCUUCUUGUGGAGUGCUCCACACAGAUGUCGCAGCUGGCGGAUCCUGACUGGUCUGACGAGGAGCGCGAGUGCGCUCAAGAAAGCGAUGAGCUGCAGAACCUGCUUCUCGGGUUUUCGUCUCUCCGACGGCUGCUAUGGCGACUGGGCCUUGCAGCAGAGCUCUUCAUGUCAGACAGUGAACAGCCGACGGAAGGCUCGGAUGCCAAGGCUCUGGAGGAGACUUUUGCUUUCCUGGCAAAUGUGCAAAGAAGAGUUGCAAGCCUCCUUGGCUUCCAGCCUGGCUGCGGCCAAGGUCGAAGCGCCUUUGUUAAACGGCAGGUGGAUGCACCGCAGACGGCAACGAUCCACUCCGGCGUCGGCGCCAUGGAGGGGCGGCCACUGGCACGUCCAGUGCAUGGACGCACCUCGCAGGCCUUCAAGGACAUCGGCAUGGACGAUCCGUUCAAAUCGUUUGUGAAUUGA